GGGCGGUGCUAAGCGAAACGAAAAUCCAUAAACAUUUGUCCAAACUAAACCCAUCCGACCGCGACCUCUACGAUUUACAACCUCACCCGUCACUCUUUAAAAAAUCUAUCUACUCUCUCUCCUCUACAAAACCCAGCUCUUGAUUUCAUCUGAUUUUUUCUCAAUCCAACGGCUGUAAAUCGUAGUUGUGGGUCCCAUUUUACGUAACAAAAGCAUGAUUGAAGCUAAAUUCAUUGACCUCUCUUGAUGAAAAAUCAACGGUCGUGAUCAAUUUCUAUCUUCUUCUAUAAAACUCCAUAAUCAUGUGAGUACCUUUUUCAACUAGUUCCAGAUUUAUACUCAGAGUUUUAGGGUUGAACAUAACCAGAUUCAUUGCCAUAAGUCCAUAACCAGAAUUGCAACAAUGCUUCUACGAAGCUCGUCAACGCCGGUUAUGAAUCCACGGCUUCCACACUCAAACUCGAAGGAUUCAUCUCCCGAACCGGAAUUUUUUCACCGAAACCCGAAAUCCAGAUCUGUUACGUUCUCGCCUUCGUCGUCGAGUUCACUGUCACCGAUUACUGGUUCAAUGAACAAACUAACUCGAGCACUUUCGGAGACCGAUCUCUCAGUGCCGCCUAAUCGGAAGCCGUUCCACCGCCGUCAAUUUGAUGAUGACGAUGAAGAGAGCAGAACUCUCGGUUUUGGUGCUCGUUCCAGAUCGGCGUCGUUUAGUUCCGCGUUGUGUUCUUUAUCUGAGUCGGAAGAAAGCCAGAGUGGAGUCGAUGCGAGUGACAGCGGUGUGUUGGUGGAAGAAGGCGGCGGCGGUGGUGGAUUCGACAAAAACGAUGGUGGAGUUUCUAGAUUCGGUGAUUCAAAUCACGGAAACGAUAGUACCGAUUUGUAUUACCGUACAAUGAUCGAAGCUAAUCCAGGGAAUCCUCUUUUUCUUAGCAACUACGCAAAGUACUUGAAAGAGGUUCGUAAGGAUUAUGUGAAAGCUGAAGAGUAUUGUGGAAGGGCAAUAUUGGCAAAUCCAAAUGAUGGUAACGUUCUGUCACUUUACGCAGAUUUGAUAUGGGAGUGUCAUAAGGAUGCUUCUCGAGCUGAGACUUACUUUGAUCAAGCAGUUAAAGCAGCUCCUGAUGACUGUUAUGUUUUAGCGUCGUAUGCGCAUUUUCUAUGGGAUGCUGAGGAAGAAGAAGAGGAUGAAGUUGAAGAAGAAUCCUCUGAAAAAGCUUUUGGUUUCUUUAAUGGAGGUUCUCUAUCAACAACUCCUCCGCCGUUGGCUGCUGCUGCUUCUUGAAUUCUGUCCUUUUGUGGUUUCUGGGUUUCAGUUUUAUGAGUUUUUCUAACCUAUGUUUAUAUUAAUUGUUAUUAUUAUGAUUAGCUUAACCUUUUCUAUUAAAUUUUUGGCCGAUGAAUAUAGAUGUAAUAAUGGUCUUUGUUCGCCUUACCAUAAAUGUUGAAAUAAGAAUAAAAGGUGGGGCUUUUGAUUGAA